AUGGGUAUCCUCGACUAUGUCUCCGACCUCUACGCCGCCCUGAGCGUACAGGAGGCUCACGCCGAAGAGCCGCAGAACGAGGGUAAGGAAACCAUUGCACUGAUCUGGGAUGUCAUCGACGCGACUGAGCGAUCACAAUGACUGCGGAGCUCGUGCCUUGCCCAGAUUGAGCCUCCUUCGCGCUGACAAUUGGGACGGAUAGGCGGUGAUGACGAAUCAGAUGCCGGCGAGGAAAAGGAAGAGAGCAAAGAGGGUGAUGAAGGUGAGAAGCGGCAUUCUCGCAUAUCGGCGACUCGGAGUCUUGGACAGAUUGACUAACAUUUGCAAAGCCGAGGAGGGCGGCGACGAUGAGGGAGGCGACGAGGAAGAGGAAGAAGAGGAGGAGGAGGAAGAGGAAGAGGAGCCUGAGGAUAUCAAGCCUAAGAUUGAAGAGGGUAAGUGUUCCUUUACCGCAUGCUGGGUCAGACGUGGAGCUUGCAUCCGAGUUGGCGAACAGUGAAAGAUUGGAUGGCAUUGGAAAUUCCAUGAAACGCCGAGGAAAUAGGACAUCGCCACUAACGCCAGGCCACAGAAUGCUUGAAGACCGCGCAGUGCGCGCCACUGAAGCACCACUACGAAGAGUGUGCCGAGCGCGUACACCACCAGGAGGAACAACACGGCAAGGCCCAGGAGGACUGUGUCGAGGAGUGUAGGUUGCCCUAUUCCGAUUUCUGCGCAUCCUGUGCGAGGCGCGGAGCCCGGAAGUGUAUGGCGGGUGAAUUGAAUCAAUGGCUGACAUAUUGCAGUCUUCCAUAUGAUGCACUGCGCUACCCAGUGCGCCGCACCCAAGCUUUUCCGGCAACUGAAGUAG